GAUGACCUGUGUUCUUCAUCUCGUAUUGCUACCAAAAUUAUUCCAUCCAUAGAACAACCAAGCUGCAGUGGACUGCAAACAAUUGCACAACGAGUAAGCAAUUUUAAUCAGUUAUGUGAGAACGAAAUGCCCAACUUGACCAAAUCAGUUAUUCAUAAAGCAAACAAAAGAAAAAUUACUCAAAGUGAGAAAAAUCACUCCGAAAAUUUUGUGGAAAAAGACAUGCCUAGAAUGAAAACUCGUCGAUCAACUCCUUCUGAAAAAAAUAAUGAGAAAUUGGUACCUAUCUCCAAUAAUAAGAAGCUUCAGUCAUCUAGAAUUUCUACCCAAAAGAACGUCAAAGCAAUACCUACUAAAAUGAAAAAAAAGUCACCUCAAAAACAACAAUCUACUGACAAUGCUGUUCAAAAAAUUCGUCGCUCAUCUAGAAUUUCAAAAACUAAAAAUAUUUCGAUUGUUGCAAAAAUCUCUCAAAAUGUACCUGCAAUUGUUAAAAAAGUCAAACCCUCUGAAAAAUUGAAAUUGAAAAUGAAGUGGACAAAUGAAAAUUUUGAAGGACAAGUAAAUGAAAGGCUUCUCGAAAAUCUGAACACAGACAUUGUUUCUGAUGAAUUUACACCUUUGCAAUACUUUCAAAUGUUUUUUGAUGAAAACUGUGUAAAUUUAAUUGUAGAUCAAACUAAUCUGUACAGUACUCAGAAAAAUGAUGGUAAAUGUAUCAACACUGAUGCCAAUGAAAUAAAAAAUUUUCUUGGCUUGCACUUAUUGAUGGGUAUAAUGAAAAUGCCAUGCUACAGAGACUACUGGAGUGAGAAGUUUCGAAUUGAGAAAAUUGCCGAUGUAAUGCCUUUAAAAAGGUAUGAAUUGCUACGAAGUGUUGUGCAUUUUGUGAACAAUGAUGAUUCUCACUUGUAUGAAUCAGAUCGUUUCUAUAAAGUUACACCAAUACUACAAUUGAUCAGAAAUAAUUGUUUGAAAGUUCAGCCUGAAACAACAUUUUCAAUAGAUGAAAUGAUGGUGCCUUACAAAGGUAUCAAAGCUGGCUCAAGGCGCCAGUAUAUAAAAAAUAAGCCAAAGAAGUGGGGCUUUAAAAUGUUUGUCAGAGCUGGUGUAAGUGGUAUAGUCUAUGACUUUUUCCCUUAUGGUGGAGAUACUACUUUUUUUGGCAGAGCUUUCACAGAGUGGGAAGAUCAGUACUAUGGAAUUGGUCAAAAAGUUGUCGCAACUUUAUGUAAAACAAUUCCGAAUCCCGAAUUGACCAUAGUAUACUUCGAUAACUGGUUUUCUUCAGUUGAGUUGGUAUAUUAUUUACGAGAAAACUAUGGUAUUUUCUCCACAGGAACGAUUAUGGAGAAUAGGUUGAGGCAAUGUCCUCUCCAAAACGAUAAAAUUUUGAAAAAAAGAAAACGAGGAGCUUAUGAUUUUAAAACUGACAACCAAAAAAAAGUUACAGUAGUGAAAUGGUAUGAUAACAAAUGUGUAACUUUGAUAAGUUCACAUCUUGGUAUUCAUCCCUUAGAAGAAGUUAAAAGAUAUAAUAAAGAAAAAAGAACAAAAAUGCCUGUGGCAUGUCCAAAACUCAUAAAAGAGUAUAAUCAGCAUAUGGGUGGGGUAGAUUUGGCGGAUAUGCUGAUUGCACUUUAUAGAAUGAAUAUGAAGACUCAUAGAUGGUACUUCUCAAUAUUUUCUCAGCUGUUGGAUAUAUGUGUGAAUAAUGCAUGGCUUACAUACAGACGAAACAUGGAAGCAAAAAAUGAAAAAAAAAUCAUGAAAUUGAAAGAAUUUCGUAACAGCAUUGCAAACUCUCUUAUUUCUUCAAAUAAAACUAAAGUUGGACGCCCACUCACAAUGGAAGCUCAUUGCAAACAACAUGGUACACGAACCAAACAAAGUCCAAAAAUUGCACAUCCUACUCCAGAUAUCAGAUUGGAUAAUAUUGAUCAUUAUCCUAUUGUAGGAAGUUUGGGUAGGUGCCGGUGUUGUUCUAAAAAAAGAACUACAUAUUCUUGCAGCAAAUGUAAUGUUAGAUUAUGCAUAGUAAAAGACAGUAAUUGUUUUUUUAGAUACCAUAAAGUAAAAAAUGCAGUUUGAUCGAUUCAUUUUAAUGAUAAAAGUUAGCACCUACCUAUCUGUUACUUUACAUUUGUCAAUUACAUAGUUCAUUUAUGGCGAACAUUACAUACGUAUUUGCAUUUUUUUCAUUUUAUAUUUUCGUAAUAUUUAACGAUGUGCUUUGAAAUAAAAUGUUAAAUCUUCGAGUUGAGAAAAAUUAAUAGUAGCCUAGCUAUACACGCGUUUAAUUUGGUAUGGAUACGCAUCACCUACACAAACAUGCUACAUAAAACAUCGCGGCACCAAGUCACUGUACUCUUCGCAACGUACACUACAGUGCACACAUUCGGCAACAGGCAAGUUGCCCUAAUCUUCGCAACGUACACUACAGUGUACAUCUCAUAACUUGGGCCCUUUGGGUCCAAAAAUUUUUUUGUCGCUAUUUUCGUGUUCAGUGGGUCCUAAAUGGAUAGAAAAUUAUUGAAAAAAAA